AUGGAAGACACCAAGUUCAUCCACUGCAUCACCAGCCAUCUUGACUUUGUCUUGUUUUUGGACUUUGAAGGUUCUGUAAGAGAAAGAAGCCCGGGGGGCUCUGCCAAUAGCAAAGUGGUGCAGAAGCUGCGCCCCUUCCCGCAGGCUCCCGCCCGAGGCGGGGAGCCCCUACCCCGCCCCCGUGUCCCCCCACCCUCCCGGAGCUCCUUUCCCACGCUGCUCAGCUCGCCUCCGCCGCCUGCGCUCCGCCCGCUCUCUGCGCCCGGGCCACAGGCUGACAGAUCGGAUCAGCUCCUGCCUCAGCUUCGCUUCCUUCCUCAAUCUCCAGGGCAGUCGAAGGUCUUCAUGAAGCUCUCAUUUAGAGAUAACCUCAUGGAUGAUCUCAAUUCUGACACUAUCAAGCUGCAAUUCUUCAGCUCAAUCCGUAGCUUCGUCAAUGGCCGUUACGUGCCUAGCGCAGAGCCAGAUACUGUGGGGCGUUCAGAUGACAUGCAACAUGUGCUUUGCUUUAAGGCUCUCUCCCGGACGCCUGCCGUGGUUGCCUUGGUGGUGCUGCUUGUAAGCGUGGCUGUGCUGAUGGCCAUAACACUCAUUCAGAUCAACCAGAAGGAAGUCCUGGCCCCAGGCAUGAAGUAUGGGAUCGUGCUUGACGCCGGAUCCUCCAGGACCACCGUCUACGUGUACCAGUGGCCGGCGGAGAAGGAGAACAACACAGGCGUGGUGAACCAGACGUUCCGGUGCAGCGUGAAAGGUUCUGGCAUCUCCAGCUAUGGCGAUAACCCCCAAGCUGUCCCCAGAGCUUUUGAGGACUGCAUGCAGAGAGUGAAGGAGAAGAUUCCAGCCGACCUACACAAAAGCACUCCUGCUCAUCUGGGAGCCACAGCAGGCAUGCGGCUGCUAAGGUUGCAAAAUGAAUCGGCAGCUCGAGGAGUCCUUGCGAGCAUUCGGACCUACUUCGAGUCUCAGCCCUUUGACUUUAGGGGUGCUCAAAUCAUUUCUGGGCAAGAGGAAGGGGUGUAUGGAUGGAUUACAGCCAACUAUUUAAUGGGCAAUUUCUUGGAGAAGAACGUGUGGAACACUUGGACCCAUCCUCAUGGGGUGGAGACUACGGGGGCACUGGACCUUGGCGGGGCCUCUACCCAGAUAUCAUUCGCCCCCCAAGAGGAGGCUGGGCCCAGUGCCAACAGCUUGGUGCAGGUGUCCCUCUACGGCUAUCCCUACACCCUCUACACACACAGCUUCCAGUGCUAUGGCCGAGAUGAAGCCGAGAAGCGGUUUCUUGCAAGACUCUUUCAGAAUUCAACAGACAAAGGCAAGGUGGUCAACCCCUGUUACCCUCGGGAUUACGUGACUACCCUAACAAUGGAACACAUCUUUGGAAGUCUGUGCACAGAAGAGUUCAGACCAACCAACUAUGACUCGGGAUACUCAAUUGUCUUGGAAGGAACUGGGGACCCUACUUUGUGCAGAGAAAAGGUGUAUUCCCUCUUUGACUUUCAAGUCUGUCGCAACUGGGAAAACUGUUCAUUUGACAGGGUCUAUCAGCCAACGGUUAAAGGAACAUUUGUGGCUUUUUCUGGAUUCUACUAUAUCGCCCAUGCUUUGAAUCUCACGGGCAGCUUUUCUUUAGAUGCCUUUAACGCAAGCACCUGGGAUUUCUGCCUACAGAGCUGGAGUCAGCUUCCUCUGAUGCUGCCCAAGUUUGACGAGGUGUAUGCCCGCUCCUACUGUUUCUCCGCUCACUAUAUCUAUCAUCUGCUAAUAUAUGGCUACAAAUUUACAAGAGAGACUUGGCCAAAAAUACAUUUUAAAAAAGAAGUGGAGAAUAGCAGUAUUGCUUGGUCUCUGGGCUACAUGCUGAACCUCACCAACAUGAUUCCGGCCGAGAGCCCCCAGAUCCAGCUCCCCAUGAAGCCCCAGGUGUUCACGGGAGUCAUGUUCUUCUUCGCUGGGGUGGCCCUGCUCUGCCUGGUUUUCCUGGUUUACCUCUGCGUGGUGGCCAGGCUGCAGAGCAGCUCCCAGCAUGUCAUCCAUCCCGGCUUUGAUGCCGAGUGAGCC